UCUGAACACCAAUCUGCGCAAUCCCGGCAAAAUCCCAAACCCUGCCUCGUCGUCGCACCGCCUCCACUCGUCCCGGAUCAACCACCUCCUCGGUCCGCAACCACAACCACACCCGCCCUCCCGCUCGCCGCAGCCAGAACCAGCUCCAACCCAACCAGAACCAGCUCGCCCCGGCCGCCGCGACCGUCCCCCCUCAUCGACUCGAGGCAACGAAGCGGCCGGAUGGGAGCAGCAGCCUGACCCUGACGCGAUGAGCCCGCCCGCCAUGCUGCUGCCCGUCUGCUCCGCCGCGCCCAGCUGCUCCCCCCUCUGCCCGGUGACGGCCUCGCACGUCGUCGCGCGGGUGGCGCGGAGGGUGGACGUCGGCGCCGCGCUCAGGUCCUACGCCGACUCGCUCGUCGCGCAGGUGCCCGACCGCCCGCCGCUCGCCGACUCCUCCAUACUCUCCCCCUACAUCGCCGCGCCGGACGACAUCGCGCGAGCCUUCGGCGCCCCCGCCUCCGAGCUCCCGCCGCUCCCCAGCGCCGACCCCAGCCCUGGGCUAUGUUGCACGGGCACCGACCAGCCGCUGGCGGCAGUCGCGGACCUGGCCGCAACUGCCGUGGUCAACUCGGCUCCCACCGACGCCGCGGAGCGGGCCCUGUCGGACGCGCCGUUCCCCAGCACGUUCCCGUCUGACGCGUCCGAGGUCGAGGACUCCGUGGCCAGGCUCAUCGAUAAGGUCGGCAAGCAGGUCUUCCAGGCGGAGGACGCGCUCACCGAGGCCUACGACAAGCUGAGGCUGUCCGCGUACGACGCGCUCGGUGCGUGGAGGAAGACGGUGCGCGACGCGAUAGGUGGGCUCAAGGCGUCGGUCGACGCCGGUAAGCAACAGGCCGCCGGAGGGGUCACGGAUGCUUCCGGCGCGUUGCACGAGAAGGUGGCCGGAGCUGGGACUGUGGCUGUUGAUGUUCUCAGGAAGGCGAUUGUUGCAGCAGAGGAUUCACUGGGCAGUGCUGCCACAUUCGUUGUGUAUUCUUAUGGGUCGGCGAAGGAGUCUCUACCACCAAAUGUUAGAGAUCUGUUGAGCUCGUCUGAGGAGAAAGCUAGUCUAGUCUUGAGACCAAUCGGAAAUGCUCUGCAACAGGUCUAUGUAGUUGUUGAAGGUGUUGAGAAGAAUGUUGGUUUGGAUCCAAGUGAUCCUAUUGUUCAAUUGGCAGUUGUGCUUGGAGGUUCAGUGACAAUAGGGACAACGUACUGGCUCUUCACAUACAGUGGCUAUUCUGGAGACUUGUCACCUGAAUCAGCGUUUGACUUAUUGAAAAACGAUGACAAAGCCGUACUCAUUGAUGUUCGGCCUGAGGAUUUGAGGGAAAAAGAUGGUGUUCCUGAUCUACGCCUCGGGGCUAGGUCUAAAUAUGCAAGUGUAGCUUCGCCUGAGAUCAAAGAUCCAGUAAAGAGUAUGCUCAAAGAUGAAAGAGAGUUUGAUGAUGCUUUACUGGCAGUUGUCAUCCGAAACUUGAAAUUGGUGAAGGGCGAUUCAAAAGUCAUAGUUAUGGAUUCUAAUGGAGCUCGAUCAAAAGCCAUUGCUAGGUUACUGAAGAAGCUCGGUGUGCAGCGACCUUACCUUGUUAAAGGUGGUUUCCAAGCAUGGUCAAAGAACCUUCGUGUCAAAGAACUGAAACCUGAGACUGCAUUAACGUCAAUAAAUGAGGAUGUUGAGGAAAUCCUAGAACAAAUAAAGCCCACCCCAACUCUUGUGUUUGGAUCUCUUCUGGGCCUCUCAGCACUUUCCUAUGCUUUACUGGAAUGGGAGAUGACUUUGCAAUACAUAGCUGUUUUAAGCGUUGGGCUGACUAUCUACUUGCGAUUCUCUACAUAUGAGGACUCCGAGGAUUUGGAGAAAGACCUAAAGCUGUUGCUGUCUCCAGUAAGAGUAGGCGCAGACGCCUUGUCAUGGGCAGCUAAGAAGAUAGAGCCAAACAAGGUGGGCCUGCCAACGUCUCCUUCCACGACGGCGGUGAAAGACCGGGUUCUUCAGGCCGCGGCGAAGCACGAGUCGCAGCCAUCGGAUGCCGACGAGUCGUCGGUCCAAACAGCCGAGGCAUGACACGCGCCGAAAGCUUGGGAGCCAGUCGAGCGGUCCCGCCGUUGUGAAGUCCAUGUCGUUUAUGAUGUAAAGCACUGUAAAGCGGUUGUAAAUUAAUUGCGUGAGCAGCAUCUGUAAGUUGACAUCAACUUGGUUGGUUGUGUGUGUGUAGAUUAUAGAGAAAGAGGUGUCAAUGUAACGUUAAUUCCUGAGCCUGUCUGCGAUCUUGCCCGUCUGGUACUGCUACUCUGCUUGCUUGCUUGUUUGGCACGCGAUCAAGGUGAAUUAAGUAAAAAUGGUCCGUGGUCCAA